GAGUUGGGAAGCAGGUUCUUUGCCCGAACUUGUUUCCGGCUUCCUUUGUUUCUGUGCGGCUUGGAGGGACUCGGCAGGAGAGCUCCUUUUAUAAAGCGGGGUGGGGAGCUUUCCCCCAAAUCUUCUAGGUCUUGUCAGAGUAAUGUGGCGUUGGUAAGCAUUAGGGAGGAAUUGGCAGGCGCCAGAGACAGCGGAGCCUUCGAUAGCUCAGUUGGUAGAGCGGAGGACUGUAGUGGUACGAGUUGCGGCAAUCCUUAGGUCGCUGGUUCGAUUCCGGCUCGAAGGACUUCGUACAAUCUUUUUAGCUUCCAACUCAAGCCAGUCAAGUCGUAGGGAGAAAGUUUCACUCAGAGGCCCGCUGUGGAUUUGCAGGAGCACGGCAGAUGUUCGGUGAAACACUUGUGCAGUGAGUCUUCCGGUUUAUUUCUUGGUCACUUUUCUCUUGCCCUCCUCCCAGCGGGCAGGCCGUUAACCGUCUUCUGAGAAGACCCCGGUGGAACCCUCUGGCCGGAUCUGCCCGCCGAGCCCCCAAAAGCCACUGGCUCAGCUCUCAGGGCCAGAGUGGGCAGGAGGAUGCUUUCCCAGCCUCACCAUGGAGCUGCGCUGUGGGGGAUUGCUGUUCAGUUCUCGCUUUGAUUCAGGGAACCUAGCCCACGUGGAGAAGGUGGAAUCUGUGUCUAGUGACGGGGAAGGAGCAGCAGGUGGGGCAUCAGCCCCCACCAGUAGCAUUGCCUCUUCUCCUGACUACGAGUUCAACGUGUGGACCCGACCGGACUGUGCUGAGACGGAGUUUGAGAAUGGGAACAGGUCAUGGUUCUACUUCAGUGUCCGGGGAGGAACUCCAGGGAAACUCAUCAAGAUCAACAUUAUGAACAUGAAUAAGCAAAGCAAGCUAUACUCCCAGGGCAUGGCCCCCUUUGUGCGCACACUCCCCACCCGGCCACGCUGGGAACGCAUUCGAGAUCGGCCCACCUUUGAGAUGACAGAGACGCAGUUUGUGUUAUCCUUUGUCCACCGUUUCGUGGAGGGCCGUGGGGCCACCACCUUCUUCGCCUUCUGCUACCCCUUCUCCUACAGUGACUGCCAGGACUUGCUAAACCAGCUGGACCAGCGCUUUCUGGAGAACCACCCUACCCAUAGCAGCCCCCUGGACACCAUUUACUACCACCGUGAGAUCCUUUGCUAUUCUUUGGACGGACUUCGUGUAGAUCUGUUAACGAUCACUUCCUGCCAUGGGCUUCGAGAAGAUCGAGAGCCCCGUCUAGAGCAGCUAUUUCCUGAUACUGGCACCCCCCGACCCUUCCGUUUCACAGGCAAGAGGAUAUUCUUCUUAAGCAGUAGGGUACACCCUGGGGAGACUCCAUCUAGCUUUGUCUUCAAUGGCUUUCUGGACUUCAUCCUUCGACCUGAUGACCCCCGGGCCCAAACCCUGCGUCGCCUCUUUGUCUUUAAGCUGAUUCCCAUGUUGAACCCCGACGGUGUGGUCCGGGGCCACUACCGCACAGACUCGCGUGGAGUGAACCUGAACCGUCAGUACCUGAAGCCCGAUGCAGUCCUGCACCCAGCCAUCUACGGGGCCAAAGCUGUGCUUCUCUACCACCAUGUGCACUCCAGACUGAACUCCCAGGGUCCCUCUGAGCACCAGCACAGUCCCCAUCUCCCUCCUGAUGCUCCCCUUUCUGACCUCGAGAAAACCAACAAUAUCCAAAAUGAAGCUCACCUUGGGCACGCGUCUGACGGGGAUGACCCUGAAGGCUGGACACAGACCGAGUCGGCAGAACAGAAGCCCAGCGGUGUGUGGAUUAUGCCACAACGGUCCGCUGAGGUUGAGCAGCCGGCCCCCGACACCAUCCCGCCUAAAGAGAGUGGCGUCGCUUACUAUGUGGACCUGCACGGACAUGCUUCCAAAAGGGGCUGCUUCAUGUAUGGAAACAGUUUUAGUGAUGAGAGCACCCAGGUGGAAAACAUGCUGUAUCCAAAGCUCAUCUCCUUGAACUCAGCACACUUCGACUUCCAGGGUUGCAAUUUCUCAGAGAAGAACAUGUAUGCCCGAGACCGCAGAGAUGGCCAGUCUAAGGAGGGAAGCGGCCGGGUUGCAAUCUACAAAGCCUCAGGGAUAAUCCACAGCUACACACUUGAAUGCAACUACAACACCGGACGCUCAGUUAACAGCAUCCCUGCCGCCUGCCAUGACAACGGGCGGGCCAGCCCCCCUCCCCCGCCGGCUUUCCCCUCCAGAUACACUGUGGAACUGUUUGAACAGGUGGGACGAGCUAUGGCCGUUGCAGCUCUGGACAUGGCAGAAUGCAAUCCAUGGCCCCGAAUUGUACUGUCAGAGCACAGCAGCCUCACGAACCUCCGCGCCUGGAUGCUAAAACACGUGCGCAGCAGCCGCGGCCUGAGCAGCACUGUGAACGUGGGGGUCAACAAGAAGAGAGGCUCUCGAACUCCACCCAAAAGUAACAACGGCUUGCCUGUUUCCUGCUCUGAAAAUCCCUUGAGCCGUGCACGCAGUUUUAGCACUGGCACGAGUGCCGGUGGCAGCAGCAGCAGCCAGCAAAACUCUCCACAGAUGAAGAACUCCCCCAGCUUUCCUUUUCAUGGCAGUCGGCCCACAGGGCUGCCAGGCCUGGGCUCUAGCACUCAAAAGGUCAGCCACCGGGUGCUGGGCCCCGUCAGAGAGCCCCGAAGCCAGGACAGGAGACGGCGGCAGCAGCCACUGACCCAUCGCCCUACUUCAAGCGGCCUGGCCUCAUCCCCAAAUCCUGCUAGUUCUAGCCCAGCAGCCUCACACAACAUGGGCUCCUGCCUACUCCCCAGCUCAUUCAGCAUAUCAGGGAGCAGCUGCUCAUUCCUGUCCUCAGGCGACAAGCCAGAGGCUGUCAUGGUGAUUGGGAAAGGGCUGCUAGGGACUGGACCUCGGAUCCCCUGUAUCAGGACACGACUGCAGGCUAGGCCCAGGUUGGGCCGGGGCUCACCGCCGACUCGCAGAGGGAUGAGAGGCUCUUCGGGCCCCACAUCCCCUACACCCCGGACCAGGGAGAGCAGUGAGCCGGAGCCAGGACCCAGCUCUGCACCAGGGCUGCCUCACGCCGGGCCCCCACGGCCCCGCUCUGCCCCUGCCUUUUCUCCUAUUUCCUGUAGUCUAUCUGACUCCCAGUCCCGGAUGUGUUACAGCGGGGGGCCUUUGGGCCAGCCUGAGGUUUGUUUUGUCCCUAAAUCACCCCCACUCACUGUUUCUCCCCGGGUCUGAUGCCUCCACCUCCAUGCCCAGGAUAUAGCCCCAAGAUGGGGUACACAGGGAGAAAUGUGCUAGCCUCCUCCCUCAGCUGUUGAUUCCAUGUGACAACCAUAACUCCUAUAUGAACAGACAGUGAAUACCAGCCACACUGUUCUGAGACAUCCCAGAGCAUCACCUUGAGACAGCACAAAGCAGAAACCUGCUACCCCAUCCCUCCCUCCACAGCACAAGAUUUUGGGACCACAAAAAACAUAUAUCUAUAUUUUUAUAUUGGGGGGAGGGAGUAGAAAAAGCCCCUAUACUGGGCCCUACUCAGUGGCAGCUUCUUGUUCCAUAGGGUUAAGGAAGACUUUGAGGAAAUAAAAGUUGUUUGGAAAAAUC